AUGGCGUUCAUUUGGUUGGGUGGAUGGCAUGGAUAUGGACAACCAGCUAGGAAGCAUAUUCCUCUCAGAUGCUGGCUGAGCAAAUCCCAGAAAUUUGGCCGGACGAGGACACAAAGGAAGAGGACUUGUGACUUUGCAAAGCUGAGGUAUGUGGAUAACAAAGGAGAUGAGCCGUACCUAAACAAAACUCUUGAGCAUUAUAAUGAGAUGGUUACAAUCUAUGGCAAUGGUAUGGCUACUGGAGAUUAUGCAAAGGGCUCAAGUGAACCACUAGCCACUGAUUUCGUGGAUGUUGAAGAUGAUGAACCUGCCAAUGCUAAUGCUACACCACCUCCUAACGAAGAAGUUACUCAUUCAUACAAUGUUGGUGAGUCAUCUGCCUCUAGGCCCUCAAAAAGGACAAAGACAACACAAUAUGAGGAACAAGGCUUAGGACCAACACUUGUAGCUGUGGUCAUAGAGAAGAAUGUUAGCAACGACAACACCCCCGAGGGUCUUUGGGAUAACAUGAAGACACUUCCAACAUUUGGUAGGGAUUUUCUUGCUCAGUACUACGCCUAUUUGGUUGAAAAUCUACGAAUUGCUAGGGCAUUCCACACCUUGGAUCAUGAUGAGAAGAUGGUUUGGGUUGCUAGGUAUGUUAGAAAUAACAUUCCUUCUCACCCCGAGGCUAACCCUCAUGAAUGA